CAGACGCACUCACGUUCAUACACGCACACACAGACACACACAAACACUUUAUAUUGAGCUAGCUCCAUUUCUGUUUUGCAGUGGAUUUACUCUUAGAAGCUAACAUGGUUUACUUUCAAGCGUCAUUGUUCUGAGAAAAACGAAACAAAGCAGUAGGCUCUACCUAGAGGUUCACAAAAGCAAGUCAGAGCAGCUGUAGUUUUUCUGAUGGAAUGAUAAAUUCUAAGAAAGCGCACGUUUCUCGUGGCGACAAGCAAGUGAUCACUUCCAUUUCCAUUGGCUAUAUUUUUCAAUAGUCGACUAUAUCGCUCCAAAACUUUUUUUUACAACCAUCGAUUGGGACGGUCACAUACAGGUAACCUGCUGCCAUCUCUCUGCAUGCCUGCCGACUGCGAGUCGUGCGCCAAAGGCUCAUCGACAUUUUCAACAGGCGGCGGCUUGCAGUUGUUUCAGUAGAGAGUUUGGAAUAAAUUGGAGCAACGUGACAAAAGACGGCUGGAUUCCUACGGAGUAUUGAACCAAUCGUUCCCUUGUCUGUUUAUAGUACUACUUUCACAAACAUAGCUAUAGUCUCUCUCUCUCUCUCUCUCUCUCUCUCUCUCUCUCUCUCUCUCCCUCUCUCUCUCACUGCGCGAGCCCUCUCUCACCUCUCUCCUUUGAAAGCGGAUUAUUUAUUAUAAAGCAGCAACCAUCGACAUGUCGACCCCAGACGCAGGAACCCCAGGAGCCCCUGAGGGAGAGGGGGGGCCUUCGGCCCCAGCACCCAACCUCACCAGUAACCGACGACUACAGCAGACACAGGCACAGGUGGAUGAGGUAGUGGACAUCAUGCGUGUGAACGUGGACAAGGUGUUAGAGAGGGAUCAGAGACUGUCGGAGCUGGAUGACAGGGCCGAUGCGCUGCAAGCCGGGGCCUCACAGUUUGAGAGUAGUGCUGCCAAGCUGAAGAACAAGUACUGGUGGAAAAACCUCAAGAUGAUGAUCAUAAUGGCAAUCAUAGGAGUCAUAUGUGUUGGAGUUGUCUUCAUGUAUUUCUAUUACUGACCUGGUCUCUUCAGGGACAGACAACAAGCGCAAGACAAGAUACUGAAAUGCAGCCAAAUCCACGAGUGUGAAUCCUGCCUUCCCUUUACUCACCUCUCUUCUUACCAAUGCCUUCCAUCUGAAAACCACCAUGCAUGUGUAGACAUUGGCGGAGUGCCUCUCCCUCUUCUUUCCUCACGGUCGUUCUCUGCCGUUGUGUCCUUGAGCAAGGCACUUAACCCCUACAAUUGCUCUGGCGGCGCUGCUCUGUGACUGACGCGGUGCCGCUCCGGACCUUGUGGGUGUGUGUGUGUGUGUGUAAGGUUGGGUAUUGUGACAGCAAAUCAUUCAACUUCUGUUGUAAAAUGGACAAUAAAGUAUCUACUCUAGGCGCUCUCA